UGUGAACAGGGAAGAGCGGGUUUAGCUAAGAAAAUGAUAAGGUCAUUGUGAAUUAGCGGGAGCUUCAGUCAGUCCGCCGCAGAUUAACAAUAACAGCGUUAAUAAGGAUGGAGCAGGGGAAAGGGCGGCGCAUGAGUCGCAGGAGUUGAUAUUGAAAUAAAAAAGGAAAGGGGAGAAAGCCGCAGCGGGGUUCGGUUAUAAUCUGGUCACGGUGGAAUUGAGCAGAAAGGAAGGGAAAGGUGUUGCUGUAACACACCGCGACGGACUGCAGACACACACAAGGCGAGGAUGUUGCGGCUGGCGUGCACCACCGUGCUGCUCUUCGUGCUCAGGCUGCUCCUGGCUUUGCCCUGGUUUCAGGUUCUUCCUGCUCUCCUCAUCUUCUUCCUGGGAACCGGAGGAUGGAACUCGCUGCGUGUGUUUAUGAAGACCAUCGGCCGAGACCUGCAUGCCGCCGUGGUGCUGUUGAAGGUGAAGCUGAACGUGAUGCGACACCUGCGCGAGCGGAACACCAUCCCCAGGAUCUUUGCCGAGUCAGUGCAGAAGUACGGUGAUAAGACGGCGCUGAUCUUUGAGGGCACGGGCGAGCGGUGGAGCUUCAGGCAGCUGGACGAGUAUUCGAACCGCGUGGCCAACCUGCUGCUCGAGCGCGGCUUCAGGGAGGGCGAUGUGGUGGUGCUGUUCAUGGAGAACCGCUCGCAGUAUGUGGGCCUAUGGCUGGGCAUGGCCAAGAUCGGCGUCGAGGCGGCGCUCAUCAACUUCAACCUGCGUCUGGAGGCCCUGGUUCACUGCAUCAACAUCUCCAACGCCAAAGCCGUGGUGUUCGGCAGCGAGCUCACUGACGCGAUGUGUGAGGUGCACAGCUCCAUGGGGAAAACUGUAAAGCUCUUCUGUUCUGGUGACUGGGAUCCUAAACGAGUUCCUGAGGGAACAGAGUGUUUAGAGCCACUCCUCCAGGCCGCGCCCACACACAAGCCCAGCCAACCGCAGCGCGGCUUCACCGAUCGUCUCUUCUACAUUUACACUUCUGGAACUACGGGAAUGCCGAAAGCUGCCAUCGUCGUCCACAGCAGGUACUACCGUAUGGCUGCGCUGGUGUAUUACGGGUUCAGGAUGCGGUCGGAGGACGUGCUGUACGACUGUCUCCCGCUUUAUCACUCAGCAGGGAACAUCGUGGGCGUCGGUCAGUGUCUGAUCCAUGGCAUGACCGUCGUCAUCAAGAAGAAGUUCUCAGCAUCCAAGUUCUGGGAUGACUGCAUCAGAUACAACUGCACGAUAGUGCAGUAUAUCGGUGAGAUCUGUCGUUAUUUGUUGAAUCAGCCGGUGCGGGAUGUGGAGCAGCGUCACUGUGUGCGCAUGGCGCUGGGUAACGGUCUGCGUCAGUCUAUCUGGGAGGAGUUCAUGCAGCGCUUUAACAUUCCACAGAUCGCUGAAUUCUACGGUGCCACUGAGUGCAACUGCAGCCUCGGCAACUUCGAUAACAAGACCGGUGCGUGUGGCUUUAACAGCCGUAUCCUGCCCUUCAUCUACCCCAUCUGUCUGGUCAGAGUGGACGAGGAAACCAUGGAGCUCAUCAGAGGACCUGAUGGAGUGUGUAUACCGUGUGGUCCAGGUGAACCGGGUCAGCUGGUGGGCAGAAUCAUCCAGAACGACCCCCUGAGACGCUUCGACGGCUACGUGAACCAGAACGCCACCACUAAAAAGAUCGCACAGAACGUCUUUAAGAAAGGAGACCAGGCCUACCUGUCAGGAGAUGUCCUGGUGAUGGACGAGUUCGGCUACAUGUACUUUAGAGACCGUACGGGAGACACGUUCCGCUGGAAGGGUGAGAACGUCUCCACUACUGAGGUGGAGGGAACGCUGAGCCGCCUGCUGGACAUGAAAGACGUGGUGGUGUACGGUGUAGAUGUGCCAGGUGCAGAAGGUAAAGCGGGCAUGGCGGCCAUCGCAGACCCGGACCACACCACGGACCUGGGGAAGUUCAGCAGGGAGCUGGAGAAGGCGCUGCCCCCCUACGCACGCCCAGUGUUCCUACGCUUCCUGCCUGAGGUCAACAAGACAGGAACCUUCAAGUUCCAGAAGACGGAGCUCCGCCGUGACGGUUUCGACCCGACUGUGGUGUCCGAUAAGCUCUACUUCCUGGACUGCACUAAAGGGUGCUACGUGGAACUGGACGCUGAACUCCACCGGAGCAUCACCUCGGGGAAGCAAAAAUUAUAAAGAAACCAUUGCCGAGUCUGACUCCGCCCACUUUGUCAAUCUUCCCUCAUCAGACCCCUUCCUAGGAACCUUUCAACGCCUCACCCCUCGUUACCUCAGCAACCACAGUGAGGGGCAGCAGGAGCGCUCCGACUCCCUCACUCAUCCAUCCGUUCAGACACCCAAAGUGCCCCACCCUCGACCUACUGUGGGCAGGAUGACACACACAGACAUCGAUACAAACACUUUGAUAAGCGUUCUAACAGUUUAUGGCAUAAGGAGAGAGAGGACAUGCCUCCUCGGCCCGUUCUGCACAACGGCUGCUUGUUUAUAAGGUUGCAUCUUGAACGCAUCACAAAAAAAAAAAAACCCUCUCUGCUCAGUGAAGGGACCAAAUGGACACGGGUUCACACGUCCUGUGUCCAUCCACACGCAGCAGAGCAACAGACAGCCAUAAAAGUGACUCAGUGUGCAAAUGCUAUUUAUUUGGAACUUUACUGGCACCAAAAAUAUUUAAGUUGUAGAAUAGCAUCUAUUUAUAAAACGAUUCAUUAAUCGUAUUGUAAACAUCCAGUACGUCAUCAGUGUACAGCGUAGGAGAGAACGAUUACUGCGCCUGGCCGCUCAUUCAUUCUUCCACACCUGUAGGGGGCGGUGUGUGUGUGUGUACUGAACGUAUCCGCGUGCAGAUGUCCGUAGCAUUGUUCAGGCAGCACGGUCAGGUUUUACAUCUGAUAUUUCUACACAGCUUUGCAUGAAGGAUCUGGCACUCGUAGCCACGCCCCCUCAUGCAAGAAGGGAAAUGGUUAAUACACCUAUCUUUAAUACACUUAUUAUUUUUUUAAAUCACAGAAGCAUGGCUGAUGAACAGACGGAGCACUGUGCCUUAACCUGAGCUCAGGCUCUGUCCUAAUCCACCUCACGCUAUCUCACUCCCUUUCCUGUAUCUUCUUAUCCAUUUCCUCGACGUAAAUAUUCCUUUAAUUACUGGCUCAUGAUGGCAGAAAAAAAUAAUAAUCCAACACGACUCCUACGUGUGUAUCGAUAAUCAGAUGCAUAAUAAUACAUCACAAUAUUUACUAGAGAUGCAUCAAUACUAUUUUUUUCCUCCAAGGGAAUUUAUUGCCAGGUUUACUUCCUAAUUUACAUUUUACGAUUAAUGACUGAAGCAUAACCCUACGUUCACACUAGCCGUCAGUCAUGUUGCUUGUGGGUGUGGCCUGUCCAGUGUUUAGCUACAUUAAAAUUAAUGUGUGUAUAAUCAGAUCAGUUGUUUUUUUUAAAUGUGCUCUGCUUUGUACUAGCUACAUUCUCCGAUUAGAUUAGCAAAGCAAGCUAACUACGCUAGCUACAUUCGUACCCUCAGCAGAGACACCAGCGAUCUCUGCGACUUCCUCCCCAGCUUUGUUUUUCUUCCUACCGUCUCUGUACACGUUUAACGAGGGCGUGAGUACGAUCGAGGAGAUGAAGUUCUGUGGGAACUGAUUGCAGGUAGGAAGUAAAGUUGAGUGGGGAACUGAAAAAACGUCACACCACAUGCGCAACCGGAUAACAGGACAAUCAUUUGGAGUUUAGCAGCGGGGACCUGAGAAACAUUCCCGAUUGAAACAUCGUGUGUGAUGGAGGUCCACUGAAAAGGAACAACUGUCUGUCGUUUUGUCGUUCGCUAGUGUGAAUGCAGGGUUAGACUUCCUAUUUUGACUUGCACAGGUCAUUUAUUUUUUGUGUAUGAGAGAGAGAGAGAGAGAGGGAGAGGGAGAGCUUGCUGUAGCAUGAAUCACUCUUUAAUCCAAAGGGAAGAUGAUCUGUCAUGCUAAUGCUUAACACGCUACAGUUUAAGAUCAGAACUGAAUGGAGUUUCUAAAUUAAGGUUGAAGAUGGGUAUAAAGUUUAAAGGGGGGGGGGGGGGGGUCAGUGGUUUAUCACGAGCACUCCUGUCUCAACUGUGGUGUUUCUAAUUUUUUGCACUUAUUUAUUUCUCAAAACAAUGAUUUUAAUUGUUGUUGAUUGACUGGCUUUGUGUUUCCUGUUUUGUUUUUUUGUGCUUGGUGCGAGUGGGGGGAGGGGUUAGAGGGGUGGGUGGGUUCUAUGAAAGCAGAGCAUCAUCAUGUGACUUUGCUGAGGCCUCAUCAUCAUGUGACUUUUACACCACAGUUGGAAAGAUGUUUUAAUUCUGAUUCACGGUAUAAGGGGUGGAGCCUCAUUUUUUGAAUGCUGAUUGGCCGAAAUGAAAAUGUUGCAGAUGUGCUCUGAUGUAAAACUGAAUCUUGGAUUUGAAAUGGGUCACGGCAUCAAAACCUGCGUUUGAGCUUUGUGUCUGAUUCAUAUUUUAACAACAAAAUCCAAUGUGCAAUUUGAAGAAGCGGCAUAAUAAUCAUCCGAACAAAAAUGAAAUCCAAAGAUCAGUCGGUGAUUUUUGACUUUGUGUUCAGCAGCGUGUUUCUGUUCAGCCCAGAUGUAACACACCGCUGGCGUGCGGUGCUGAAACAAUCACAGCUCGGUUCUGGAGGAAUAACGAAUUGGAAUCAGGUUGUAGUUCCACUUUGUGGCCUGCAGGAGGCAGUGCAUGUCCUCACCUGGCUAAAACCUAGUCUGAUUUGUGUGUCAGUACGUUUGCGUGUGUGUUUUGCGUGGUGGACUGUGUGUGAACUCUGACUGAUGCGGACGCGUAAACUGUAACACCUUUCACAUUUGCUAGCAUUUUAAAUCUCCUACGUUUCACAUCACGACAAACAGAUAACACCUUUUUAAAAAGCGCAAAUCAAAAUGGCCGCUCACAGCAUCACGUAUUAGCUUUAGCUCAAUCAACACGCAGGAGGAAAAAUAUACAGCACUUAUCAUUGUUAGCUAGCUAGCGUGUUGCUAACCGUUGAUGCAUGGAAGCGCCUUUUUUUUCCUACUUUCUGACUUGAAUGCACAAAGGCGAAAGAUGACGUAAUUCCGAUUUCCAAGGUCCAGUACAGCGUUUGUUCCAGCUGUGUUUCAUCAUAAUAGUUGAUUUUAAUCCUUUAUAUUCUCGCAGGAAAGACAUCUCUCUCUCUCACACACACACACAGCGCGCUCUGUUUAAAUAAAUAAACAAAACGUAACCUCCUACAAUUCUGUAGUUUGGUAGAAUUGUGGAUUUAAACAUGAGUGAAUGUGAACGGUUGACGCUGCUGAAUACAAACGCUAAAAAUUGGUUUAUAAACGAUCGCACAACAUUUCUCUUCAUAAAAGAAACUCCCUCCUGUGUUGCGUGUUUAUUAUUAUUCUUCCUACACUGAAGCACAGAAAGCUUCGUUUUUGUGCUUGUUCUCAUUUCUGUAAAUUCUUGUUUUAUUCACACAACACCGCCCCAGUGUGGACACUCAGUGCCCCGCAGUAUAAACCCGCUGUGACGCUCAGAACCGCGGCUUCGUUUCAUUAUCACUUCAGUUCGUUUGUUUUUUCAUUUUCUUGAUAUCACUUUUCUUUAAAAUGUUUGACUUUUACAUCGUGCUGUGUGAAUGCUACUGUAAUAUGUAUUUUUCUUUUUAGCCCCCCCCCCAAAAAAAAAGUGAUAAAGGACAAAGCAGGAUUACCAACUGAUUUUUUUUUUUUUUUUGAGGGAAGGUGGCGGUCAGCAUAAACAUGUUCAUUUUGGGGUCCAAGAAAAAUAAAAACAAGUAAAAAAGCUACCCAGGAAACAGGACUGUGGUCACAGAAACCUCAUCUGAAGUGACUCUUCAGCUCUGAGAGUGUCGUCGUUCUCCUGAGCGCCGUCUCAAUGUUUCUCGGUUUUCUGUUCAGUACUCAGGAACAACAUGUUAGUUUCAGAAAAAGGGAAAAGUGUCUUGGGUUUGUGGCUUGGUUAGUAAACAGUGCUCUGUGUGUGUGUGUAGGGGAGGUGUGUGAGGUGUGCACGUCACACUGAAGUCCUCGUGUCUUACUCGCUGUAUAAUACCUGUAUUGUGCUUUUCAGAAAAAAAAUAAAUGGCAUCCAAGAAUAAACAAAAAAAAUUUUGGAAUGUU